AUGUCGCAGAACCCCGUCGACAUCCCAGCCAGCCAGGCCAGAGCCGGCGGCGACGCUGCCAACGCAGCUGAUCAAAGCGCCAUCGACAGCACCGGAUCCUCCCCCGUCAUGCCUCACGCUUUCGUCCACCAUCGUCAUCUCAGCGGUGGACCGGGUGUAGGUCCCGGCACCGCAUCUCCCGGCAGGUACAGCGCAACCCAAGCGCAGCAGCUCGCUUACAGGAUGGCGCAGCAGGAGCAAGCCCAACGCGAAGCCGCCGCUACGAACCAGGCUCAGCAGCAACCAAGUCGAGACGUCUCUCGCUCUGCCUCCGUCCGUAGCUCAGCAAGGAAACUGUCCGGCGGCACUCCGGGAUUCUCCACCGCUUCUCCUCGUCAUUUCUCGCAGUCGAGGCCCGCACCUUUCCCCCAAGCAUCUCAGAGGGAGGCCUUCGAUGUUGCCGUAGCCUCGAGCAACCUCGCUUCGAGCUCCGAUGGUCUGCAAGCGCUGCUGAGGGACCAUCCUGAACUGGUCUCGAGCAGCUUGGCGGCUGCAGCUGGUCCGAAUCUGACCAAGACGGGCGCGUUCAGCACCCGUUCUGGCAGCCAUGCGGGCAGCAAAACAAACAGCGUUCCCGGAACACCCUUCGAAGGACCCGACCAGCAAGGUCCACUGCUUGCUAUGGGCGGUUCGCUUUCCAACUCUUUCCACCAAUCCCAAGCUCAAGGUCAAGCUCAACAGCAGCAACAGCAGGUUCAGAACGCUCACGCUUCGCCCGUGCAGGACUACGGCCGUGGCCGGAUCCUCAAAGAUGCUCCCGAGGUGGGCGAAGGCGGUCCCUCUGGUGGACAGAGCGGUCUCGGCGCUGCUCUCGGUCUUGGUCACGGCAUCCGAACCGGUCUGUCGACCCCUAACCUCGGCGCUGCUGGUGCAAGACCCGAUUAUUCGGGUGCCAAGAUCGUUGUUUGCAUGGUUGGCCUUCCUGCCCGUGGCAAGAGUUACGUCGCUAACCGUGUGCUCAAGUACCUUCGAUGGUUGGAGUACGAUGUCAAAGUCUUCAAUGUCGGUCAGCUGCGACGUGCACUGGCUCGCGCCAAGUACAACACGUCGGGUGUGAAGGAGGAUCACACCGCGUCGUUCUUCGAUCCCUCGAAUCCAUCCGCGUACAAAUUGCGAUCGCAGAUGGCUGAAGAGUGUCUAGAGCAGCUCAUCGGAUGGUUGAAGCGUGGCGGCAACGUCGGUAUCCACGAUGCGACCAACUCGACCCAAGCACGACGAAAGGAGAUUGCGGAUCGAAUCGCCAAGGAGCCGGAUCUCAAGUUGGUCUUCCUCGAGUCCAUCUGUACCGAUCCCAAGGUCAUCGAUGCCAACAUCGCCGUCAAAGUCAGCAGCGGUGAUCCGGACUAUGCGGGCAUGACACCAGAAGCAGCCAAGGCCGACUUCUUGGCACGCAUCAAGCAUUACGAAGACACCUACGAGGCGGUCAACCACGACGGCUCUGAGGCGCACUACUCCUACGUCAAAGUCACCGACGUCGGCAAAUCGGUCACCAUCAAUCGCAUCCAGGGCUACCUCGAGUCGCGGAUCGCAUUCUACCUGAUGAACUUGCACUUGACGCCGCGAAACAUCUUCUUCUCACGUCAUGGCGAAUCGCAGUACAAUGUCGAAGGCAAAAUCGGUGGUGAUAGCGAUCUGAGUCCAAGAGGCUGGAUGUACGCAAAAGCUCUUCCUCAGCUCAUCAAGGACAAUAUUGGAGAUGCGCCGUUGACCGUUUGGCAUUCGACGCUCCGACGAACUGGACAGACGGCUUCUGAGCUGCCCUAUCCCAAGCUCGCGUGGAAGAGUCUCGACGAGCUAGAUGCCGGAGUCUGUGACGCCAUGACCUACGAAGAGAUCGAAAAGUACUACCCGGAGGACUACGCGAAUCGCGACGACGACAAGUUCAACUACCGCUACCGCGGAGGCGAAUCGUACCGCGACGUUGUCGUUCGACUCGAACCGAUCAUCAUGGAGCUCGAGCGACAGGAGAACAUCCUCAUCAUCGGACAUCAGGCUAUCAUCCGAUGUCUGUAUGCCUACUUCCAUGCGCUGUCGCAGGAAGAUCUGCCGUACAUCAAGAUCCCGUUGCAUACGGUGAUCCAGUUGACACCCAAGGCGUACGGUUGUGACGAGAAGAGGUUCCAGCUGCCCAUCGAGGCGGUCGAUACGCAUAGACCGAAGCCGUUGAGGAGCGAUAUCGACGAUCACCCGCCGACGCCCCCGCUGGAUCCGUUGGAGGAGGCAGCCACCAGUGCCCCGCCAAGUCAGGUAAAGCCGAAUUUGGAGGUGGCGUAG